AUGCCUUUCGAUGUUAGUGAACCUCAAGUUGAAGGACACGACGGCUUUGCCAGAUUCUACUGGAAACAUGACGAACAAUUGCAUCCUUUGAGAAGGAAAAAAGGUAGUGCAGAGGAUGGUCAUGCUCCCAUGGAAAGAACAAGAUAUGCAUAUGAAAAGUAUCGUGAAGUUAGAAGUCAAAUUACAUCUGGUCGAACCUUUACAGUAAACUUUGACGAAGGAAAGAACAAAGAAGGCUUCAUGGGUGUACUUGCUGCAAUUCAAGACGGAAAUAAGAAAGGAUACAAUCUCAGAUUGACCAUAACAGAUUUGGAUGGUCACAUUUACUAUGCAUAUGGCAAUGUCACAACAGCUGCAAUGCUUCUUGACGCUUUCAAGACUACAAAGAGAGAACAAAUGUUUGACUCCGACUCAGACAUUUUGAAUGCAAUUGAAGGAAUUGCAAGCGUCAAGCUCGAAUGGUACAAACGUAACCCUCAAGCAGUCAGACAACAUGUUUGUUAG